UAUGAAAAUAGUGCUGCAGUUUGUAAACGAGCGCUUCCCAUAAUGCACUCCAGGAUCAGCGGGAAACCAAAAUGGCGAAUGUGUUGGGAGAAAAUGAACCGUUUAUUAUUUUCUAAGAAAUACGAAUACGAGAGUGACAUAUGUAAUACAGUUACACUUCAAGCGACUUCGACGACAACUGGACAGUACAUUUAUUCUCGGUUCCGACCGACUGUUUACAAAUACGAGGCUUAUUGACCGCACAGAGUGACCUAAUGAGAGACUCGGGAUCGCCCCCCUUCUCCCGCCAGAAGGGCCCCGCCCCCCUGGCUCCGCCCCUCUCCGCCCUCAGCAUCAAGGAGGAGUAUGCGGAGGCGGCCAUGUUGGCCGACAAGUUUGCAGAAGGCCAGGAUGUCCUGGCUCGAUGGUCGGAUGGUCUCUUCUACCUGGGAACUGUAACCAAGAUCGACAGAGACAGGCAGCGCUGUUUCAUAGUGUUCGAGGAUCGCUCCAAGUCCUGGGUCCUUUGGAAAGAUAUCCAAACAGACCAGGUUUAUCUUGUGACAGACAGUUGGUUCCCAGAAGCAGGGGCAGCAGUUAGCAGCCCAGAGCGUGCUCAGCCCCCCCAGCAGCCUGGGGUGCAGCCGAGGGAAGGAGAGGAUGAGGAUGAUGAUGAUGACGGGGAUGAGAUGGUGUGCACCAUCUGCCAGGAGGAGAACUCAGAGGAACCCAACGAGAUCGUCAUCUGUGAUCGAUGUGGCCAAGGUUACCACCAGCUGUGCCACUCCCCCAUCAUCAACCCCAGCGUGAUCGACUCUGACGAGAAGUGGCUGUGCAGGCCGUGUGUGAUCGCCACCACGCCCAAGAGAGGCAGUUCUCUGAAGAAGGGCCCCCAGAAGCGUCCCCUGCAGGGUCAGCAGGGCCAGCAGGCCUGCCUGCCCUACGCCCUGGAAGAGCUGGUCUGGGACCAGGGACACAAGACCAACAUCCAGCAGUGCUACUGCUACUGUGGGGGGCCUGGGGAGUGGUACCUGAAGAUGCUGCAGUGUAGCAGGUGUGAGCAGUGGUUCCAUGAAGCCUGUGUUGAGGCCUUCCAGAUGCCUAUGCUCUGCGGAGACAGGUUCUAUCUGUUUGUGUGUUCGGUUUGCAACGGUGGACCAGAGUACCUCAAACGCCUGCCUCUUAGAUGGGUGGACGUAGCUCACCUGAGCCUGUAUAACCUGAGUGUGAUCUACAAGAAGAAGUACUUUGACUCUGAGCUGAAGCUCAUGACCUACAUCAACGACAACUGGGACCUGCUGCAGCUGGGCAAGCUCGCUCACACCCCCAGAGAAGAACGCUACGAGCGGGUUCUGGAAGCACUGAACUGCAACAACAACAUGUUCAUGUCAGGUAAGGAGAUCAAGAAGAAGAAGCACCUCUUUGGUCUGCGGAUCCGAUUCCCACCGGGCCCCGAGGGCUCUGAGGUCCCGUCCCACCGGAAGCCCGAGAGAGCCUCCAAUGAGAUCACCAUCAAGGGACGCAAGACGCACAAGCCCCGCCCCCCAGCCAGCGAGGCGACAAACGGAACACUGAAGAACAGGAAGAGGAAACAGGAGAACUGUUCCCUGGAGACUCUGGCCAAGCUCCAACGCUCCAGCCAACCCACCCAGGAAGUGAAGAAGCAGCUGUCAGAGCCUCCCUCCCUGGACCUGCUGUCCUCCAGGAGCAGGAGUGACAGGUACCUGCCAUCCUCCAGUACCUCAGAUGUGGAGUCUCUCAGCAACACUGAAACUACCUCAAGCAGCCUGUCAAGGCAGUCCAGCUUCUGUAGCUCCACUAAGCCCCACCCCGCCUGCUACCCACCCGCCGCCCAGACCCCCGUCAAGAGGAAGCGGGGGCGCCCCCGACGGGCCCUUGAGAUCCCCCCUGCCAGCCACCCGGACCCCCAGGAUCCCUCCGCCCCGGGCCCCCACAGCCCUGGCCCCAUGCAGGGCCUCCACUCCCCGGACAUGGACCCGGACAGCCAGUUCUCUCACCUCAAGACCUCCAUCAGCAGCUACUUCGGGGCGGCCGGCCGGCUGGCCUGCGGGGAGAAAUACCGGGUCCUGGCCCGGCGUGUCACCCUGGACGGAGACGUCCAGUACCUGGUGGAGUGGGAGGGCGUCACCGCGUCCUAACCGCCCCUUUACGACAGGGUUAUAACACGUUCGUAACGGCUGUACUUGUUAACUCUUACAGAACCCUGCGCUGGGAAUGCUGGGCUUUCAGACUGAUGGUGGGCCCUAACCUCCUCCCUGUGUGUUAUAACUGCUUAUAACACCCAUCUCAAGCGCUUAUGACACGACUAUUAACAGUGCUUAUACAACGUUUGCUCACACACUCACCCAGUGGUUUCCCCUCUCAGGUGGGGCUUGUUAGGCUGGGAGGGUGCCGGGGCUUCAGGGGAUGCUUGCUGUGGGCGCCUCAGAGGUGCCGAAGCGUAGCAUCGUAUCUCCCCUGUCAGCUUUAGUUCAAGUCUUCCGGUGACGCCCACCCCUCCCUUCAGUUCAAGGAAGCCUCAGUCGGUGAAACCAGUCAGGUUCUAGAAUGGUGCUUCUGUGUUUUACACGUUCUAGAACGGUGUGUUAGUGAGUUCUUCUGGAUUCUAGAACAGUGUGUUUGUGAGAUCUUCUGGAUUCUAGAACAGUGUGUUUGUGAGAUCUUCUGGAUUCUACAACAGUGUGUU